AUGUGUUUUGUUCGUUGCUUUACGUCCCCGGAAACAGGAACGUGUAAGAGAAAAUUACCACGUAUGGUCUGGGUUGGUUACGGGACCCAGGUUUCGCAUGCACACUCUCUUUUGCGGGGUCCCCACCUGAACCUGGGGAGUUCUUUGAAUGCUUUGCGUCCCCUGGGCUUGCCCUGGUUUUUGGCUACAAGCGAAGAAGAAAAUCAUAACGUCAAGGGCCCCAGACGAGCCCCCGAGAUUUGCACCGGCAAUGUCCCGGUCGGGGCAAAGGGACCAACGAUCCGGUUCGCCUGUGCUCGAGCUUCAAGCCACUCUGCAUUACCAGAGGCUGGCUACCUGGUAAUUGGCAAAUUUUCUUUCAUGAGGGUUCAGCAAAUUCAGAAACCACGGAUCUAG